AUGACCCAGGAGGAACUACUUUUUGGUCCUACGCCCUGGUCGUUUAAGUCCUACACAACAUUUCCCAACAUUUCUGAUUGGAUUCUUUGGCCUUUCACUGGGUCCUGCUCGGAGCGUUGGCUCAAAGAGUUGCAACGGAAGUGGGCCUUUGGUGAGGUCGUGGCAAUGGUCAAGGAGGGCUAUGGCGGCCCAGCGCAUGUAGAUGCGCCCAAGAGGGUGGCGAUCUAUGGUGGUGCAUUCGACCCGCCCACCAACUCGCACUUGACCUGUGCUGCAGAGAUUGUACACAGCGGCUGUGCAGAUGAAGUGUGGCUGGUGCCUUGUGGCCCUCGACCUGACAAGCCGAAACUCAAGACACCAGCAAUUGAUAGAUACUGCAUGUGCCAAAUUGCCGUAAACACGGUAUUCUCUCCAGAUUUUCCCGUGAAGGUUUCCGACAUUGACACUGGUAGACAGAUGGCCGCUUUCACCUACGAUCUGCUUUGCAGCCUCCGGGAGCGCCACCCUGGUGUGCAGUUCGCGUUCAUUAUUGGCUCAGACUGGCUGCAGCCUGGUACCAACAUUGCCGAGUGGACAUCUUUGAACCAUGAUUGGAAGCCGGGAAUGCCAGAGGAAAGCAAGGUCAUCGUAACGGGUCACAAACUCCUUGAAGAGUUUGAGUUUUUGGUGGUUCCUCGACCUGGCUAUGACGUCGCCCGAACAGAGGAGGACCCCAGCGGCCUCAAGGCGUUCGGUCCUCGCCUGUCGUGGAUGCAGAUGCCGGAGCCAAUGCAUCUCAUAGAGGGCAACCUGUCCUCGACGGAGAUCAGAAAAAGGACCCACCACUCCUGGCAGGUGCAACAGGCUGUCCAGGGGGGCAAGCUGAGUACCAUUGAAGGGCUUGUGCCGCCUGGCAUUGUGUCAUACAUUCGUCGUGCCAGAUUUUACGUGGACUGA